AUGUAUCCGUCAGUUCCCCAAAAUUUCAGGUUCGCAAUUAGGAACACGACUUUACCGAAAGGAGGUGGCCCAGAUGGAAAAUCACCAAUUUUUGUUUCAAAGGGCAAAAAUCUCUUUUACUCCAUGUAUUCUGCACACAGAAACCCAAAAUAUUAUGGAAAGGAUGCAGAUGAAUUCAGACCUUCGAGAUGGUUAGAAUCAGAGAUACGAAAGGUGGGCUGGGCAUUCUUACCAUUCAAUGGUGGCCCAAGAAUUUGCUUAGGCCAGCAAUUUGCAUUAACAGAAGCUUCCUAUAUUGUUGUUAGGUUAAUACAAAUGUUCCCUAACUUGAGUAGUUUCUGUGAAGAAUAUCCUCCAAGAAAGAAUACCCAACUAACUAUGAGUCAUCAAAAUGGUGUUUACAUUGGCAUGUUCUAA